UUUUUAGGCGUCUGCGCGAGCUGCCAGGUGAGGAGCCCUACCAGACAAAGGGAGGGGCAGAGGGGUCUGAAGAAGCAACAAGGGAAGAGGGAGGAGGUGGUCUUCUAAUCCCCCCUGCCCUCCUUCCCCACUACCAUUACCUAACACUGUCCCCAUCAUCACCGCCAGUAGUCGAGGUGUCGGUAGAGGUAGCGGCCGCGGCAGUGCUAGUGAAGGUAACCGAGGUGCUGAACGAGGAGAGUCACUAGCCAAGUGGAACCAGCUCUAUUGUGGGAAACCAGUCAGCAGCAAACCCCCUUCCUUCUCCACAAGCUCUUGCCUCCUCCUCCUUCCUCCUUCCCUCCCUCCUCGUCCCCAGUUACCCCCUCCCCCUCAAGUGUGUCGUGGGGCCCUGCACCUUCCUGGCCCGUCUUAGCGUCACAGUGGUUCACGUUGCCCUCUCCUCAAGAUGGUGUAGUGUCUCGUCCUCGUAACUCCCGUCGUUGUCCUCGCGUUGCCUGUGACAAGUUUGUGUGUCCCUCCUGGAGACGCCCAUAAGGUUGGCAGUGAAGACCGGGACUCUGGCACUGAGUCUGAUGACGAACAGCCUUACGACGACCCUGAGCCUGGUAUGUGUCAUCCUGGACUCCAACACCCUGCACCCAUCAUCCUACCUCAGCACAUGUAUCCUGCCCCUGCUACCAAGCAGUUACUUCAACAUCCCUGAGCACUGCCUUCUCCUUACCCACUGAAGUUUUUGGGAUCUGAACCUGUGCAGGCUGACACUUGGUGUUAAUUUGCUUAUAUAAUGAGCAUCUGUCUUCCUGUGCCAGGACCUCAGGAGCCCAACCACUUCACAACUGCUUGAACAAGACUGAUAGCAUGAGCAGCCUCGGAACAUGCAUGCUUUAGCAUCUGUUUAACUAGAGUGAGCAGCGAGAUGUCAAGUGAGGUGUCGAGUGGGUGUAGCGUGAGGUCACGCCCCACUAGCCAGACCAGCACAGACACACUCACUUGCGAUGAUCUGCCAAUGGCUGCUGAUGCCCCAGACAUGCCCCCCCCUGCCAUCAUCCCUCCAUCCUCAGGCUCCUCUUCCACAGGCCCUUAUCAUCACCCACACCAUCAUCACCACCACCAUCACCAUCAUCACCAUCAUCAUCUUCAUCACAGUCAUCAUCCACAUCUAGGGCGGAGAGCACGGACUCCUCGCCACCUCCACCCUCCCAUACGGACCUCAGAACCCCCAAGAGAGUCCCCAGCCUUAGAGUCCCCAGUAGAACCUUUCCUGGACUCUGAAUUUGUUAGUGAAUGUGAUGUGUGUGACCCUGUUGAACAUCAUUCAUCAGAAGAAGAGUUGGAAACACUCACAGGAUCAUGGCCAAGGGAAACAGGCCCCCCAGAAAAGAGAAAAUGGUCACAGGUUGCAAGGGUCUCUCUCACAGAUUCUGGUAGCAGUGAUGAAGAAGUGUGUGGAUUGACCACGGGGCCACGCCCACCCGUCCAAUUUAGAACUUCUCCUCCCCUUGAGGCGCAUAAGCCACUGCGCUCAGUGUCUCCCCCUACCAAAGUGCUCAGUUUAGCAAACAGUGGGCGGGAAGGAAUAUCAUCAGCAAGUGGAGGAGAAACAAGUGGGUCACCGGGGGUUGGUGGGAGUGAAGGUGGAACAGCACGAGCUGAAGGUGGGGCCAGGGCAGCAUCCCCUCGCAAGAGACACAGGCAGACACCUCGCCCUCACCAGAUGCACCGCCCAUGUCUAGACUUUGAAAAAAUGCAGCAGAUGCAAAAUCGAACAGUUACUCAGUGGAGGAAUGGUGGGGAACUUUCCCUCUCUUCCUGCUAGUUUUCCGCUCCUGAACGGUGGCCAUUAAUAUCCCUCAAGCAAGUAGGGAUGAAAAGUUAUUUGUGUUCUUUUUGGGAACAAUGGUUGUAGAGGAGAGCACUACUAAAAGCCUCAUCAUUUGUAGGUUCUGAAGUCAUGGCUUGUGGAAAGUCUGUGUGCUUUGUGUAUAUUUGAUAGAAUAACAUAGAAUUGGAGCAGUCAUUUUUACCACCUCCCAGCUUUGUGUGACUGUGACGAUUGGAGCUGUGUAUGUGUGUAUGUGUAUAUAUAUAUAUAUAUAUAUAUAUAUAUAUAUAUAUAUAUAUAUAUAUAUAUAUAUAUAUAUAUAUAUAUAUAUAUAUAUACAAUUGAUUGGUAUGAUUUUAAUUACAAAAUAUAAAUACUGAAAAUAGUAGAAGUUUUUGCAAGUUUUUAUAUGUUGAAAGUUACUUCUGUAAGAUUAUGUUUUUCACAGACAAGUAUUGCUGGUGUGCAAAAAGAGAGAGAGAGAGAGAGAGAGAGAGAGAGAGAGAGAGAGAGAGAGAGAGAGAGAGAGAGAGAGAGAGAAUGAAUGUAGUUUUGUAAUAUAACACAGCCUCAUGAAUACACAAGUCAUAGUUAAAAUCAAAUGAUAAAGGAUAUCAAUUUUUAAAGCUGUGCAGUAGGGUUUCAUGUCAUUGUGUAGCUUGUUAGAAUACUAAAGUGCAAGUAAAAUGAAAGAUUAAAGAGAGAGAUGGAUACAGGCCAACAGACCGACUGACUAACUGACAGACAUAGAAACCUGCAAAUAGACAAAAGAGGACAAGGAAAAGGAGACAGCAUCUCUGCCCAAUUUUGUACCUGAUUCCUAAUUUAAAUAUAUGACACAAUUAGAAUAUAAAGACAGGAGUGCAUCUUGAACUUAUUGAUACUAGAAAACUUAUUGGGGUCAGUACAUUUGUUUUGUAGAUACCAAUUGUGAGUAAAAUUCUUAAACUUCUCCACUGUUUUAUGACAUACUAAGUAAUCUUUAAGUAAUUUUUGUGUUGCUAUCAUUAAGAAGUUGGAUGUUAUGUUUUCAGUCAGGAACACCAAGUGCAAGAGUGACCAUAAAUCAUGGUAAUUUAUUUCUAUUCUGUUUUAUGUAAAUAGAUUUGAACAAUGAAUAUCUUUAUCUAAAUUACUAAUAUGGAAAUUUUUACAAGAGAAAUGUAAACACACUUGAUGGUGUGUGUCUGUAGUCAAUUUACUUAAGCUACUGGAACCAAGUUUCAUAAUCAAUACAAUAUCUCAUUGCAAAGAUCACUAUUUUGGUCAGACUCCCAAAAUAUACUGGCAAUAUGUUUAUAUUAGAAUCCUAUGUAUAGAAAAUUAAUCAUAUAAACUAGUCAGAGAGUGUGAAACUCUAAAUAUACUUAUGUUAUAGA